GUCUAAUGGGGGGAGAAAUAGAGGGGGGCGCUUCCUUUUUGUCUUCCAACAAGAGAGAGGCUGGCAGACAGACUGAGCGGUUGCUCUGCGAGUGGGUGGUGUACUUUGAGCCAGUGGCUGUGUAUUUCACCAAGGUGGGUGAGAUCUCCAAAAUUCACAGCAUAGAUCUCUUCACAAGGAAGUCAUGCCAGAAGACAAUGAGAACACGGCAUCUGUAGCAGGUGAUGCGAAGCCAUCUUUGGAUUCGCUGAAAACAAUCAAGCAUGAAGUGGGGAAGAAUACAUUUGGAAACCAAAGGACAUCAAAAAGGCAGGACAGAAAGCGGUCAAAGAAUUGGAGGAAGAAAUACUCUGCUUCUCCAUGUGCAGAACACCCUCAACUUCCACCAGAUACUGAAAGAGUGAAAAAGUGUCCAGUGUGCGGGAAAAUGUUCAAAGACAAAUCAACACUAAAUAAUCAUCGCAGAACCCACACAGGGGAGAAACCCUAUAAAUGCAUGCAAUGUGGGAAGGGCUUCAGUGUGAGUGGUAACCUUACAAUCCAUCAAAGAACCCACACAGGAGAGAAACCAUUUAAAUGUAUGGAAUGUGGAAAGAGCUUCAGUGUCAGCUGUAACCUUACUAAACAUCAAAGAACCCACACAGGAGAGAAACCGUAUAAAUGUACAGAGUGUGGAAAGUGCUUUAGUGAUAGCGGAAGUCUCACUUCACAUGAAAGGAUCCACAGAGGGGAAAAACCUUAUAAAUGUAUGGAAUGUGGAAAAGGCUUCUGUGUGAGCAAUAGCCUUAUCGCUCAUCAAAUAAUCCACACUGGGGAGAAACCAUAUAAAUGUAUGGAGUGUGGAAAGUGCUUCAGCCAAUGUGCAAACCUAAAUACACAUCAGAGGACCCACACAGGUGAGAAACCAUAUAAAUGUAGGGAGUGUGGAAAGUGCUUCACCCAGAGCGUAAAUCUAAAAACACAUGAAAGAACUCACACAGGAGACAAACCAUAUAAAUGCUUACUGUGUGGAAAGUGCUUCCAUGGCAGUGGAAGCCUUACUAAACAUAAAAAAAUGCACACUAUGGAGAAACCAUAUAAAUGCAUGGAAUGUGGAAAAGGCUUCAGUGUGAGUGGUAGCCUUACUCUACAUCAAAGAAUCCACACUGGGGAGAAACCAUAUAAAUGUAUGGAGUGUGGAAAGUGCUUCAGCCAAAGUGCAAACCUGAAAACACAUCAAACAACCCAUACAGGAGAGAAACCUUAUAAAUGUGUGGAGUGUGGAAAGAGCUUCAUUAAUAGUGAAAAGCUUAGUUCACAUCAAAGAACCCACACAGGGGAGAAGCCAUUUAAAUGCAUGGAGUGUGGAAAAUGUUUUAGCCAGAGUGCACACGUUAAUACACAUCAAAGAACUCACACAGGGGAGAAACCAUAUAAAUGCUUAAUGUGUGGGAAAUGCUUCCAUGAUAGUGGAAACCUUACUAAACAUCAAAGAACCCACACAGGGGAGAAACCUUAUAAAUGCAUGAUAUGUGGAAAGAGCUUUAGUGUGAGCAGCACCCUUACUUCACAUCAGAGAACUCACACAGGAGAGAAACCAUAUAAAUGCUUAGUGUGUGGAAAAAGCUUCAGUCAGAAGUGCUAUCUUGCUACACAUCAAAGAACCCACACAGGCGAGAAACCAUAUACAUGCCUGGAGUGUGGGAAAAGUUUCAUUGACAGUGGGAGUCUUUGUGCACAUGCAAGAACCCACACAGGAGAGAAACCAUAUAAAUGCUUGGAAUGUGGUAAAUGCUUCAGUGUAAGUGGAAGUCUGGCUUCACAUCAAAGGACCCAUACAGGGGAGAAACCAUAUACAUGCCUGGAAUGUGGAAAAAGCUUCAGUGUGAGCGGUAGCCUUGCUUCACAUCAAAGAAUUCACACCGGGGAGAAGCCAUAUAAAUGCAUGGAGUGUGGAAAGAGCUUCACUGUAAGCAGUAGCCUUACUUUACAUUUAAGGACCCACACAGGGGAGAAACCAUAUGUAUGCAUGGAGUGUGGGAAAAGCUUUAACAAAAGUGGAAACCUUAAUACACACCGACAAACUCACAUGGGCGAAAAGCCAUAUAAAUGUUUGGAAUGUGGAAAGACCUUCAGUCAACAUCAACACCUCACUUCACAUGUAAGAACCCACACAGGGGAAAAACCAUAUAAAUGUAUGGAGUGUGGAAUGAGCUUCAGUGAUGGUGGAAGUCUUACUGCUCACAAAAGAACUCACACAGGAGAAAAGCCAUAUAAAUGCCUGAUAUGUGAAAAGACUUUCAGUCAGUGCGGAAACCUUACUGCACAUCAGAGAAUCCACACAGGAGAGAAACCGUAUCAAUGUAUGGAAUGUGGGAAAAGUUUCAGUGUGAGUGGAAGCCUUUCUGCACAUCAAAGAACCCACACAGGAGAGCAACCAUAUAAAUGUGUGGAGUGUGGAAGGAGCUUCAGCGUGAGCAGUAGUCUAACUUUACAUCAAAGAACUCACACAGGUGAGAAACCCUAUCAAUGUAAGGAGUGUGGGAAGAGGUUUAGCAAAAGCAGAAACCUUAAAAUACAUCAGAAAACCCACACAAUGAAGAAACCUGCCUGAGGUCUGUUCCUUAGACUUUCAGACUAAACAAGCUAGGCCUUAGCAAUUGUGCGGGCAUAGCUAGUACAGAAGCAGGAUUCACAACACAUAGCCCUUCACGGCCUAGGACCCUUGUACCUACAGGACUGCCUCUCCUGGUAUGCCCCAUGGAGGACCUUAAGGUUCAUAAAUAGCAACACA